UUACCAUAUUACAAAGUUACGUUCUGUUAAGAAUUUCGAAAGUAUCGGGAAGAAGUAUUUAAGUAAAAUAUGUGUCAUAACAGGUCCUUUUAUUACAACUACUUUUUUCAGUAAGGAGCAGCACUUGCCAGCUUUGAGUUUUAUAUAUUUGCCUAACUGGCAUACAAUUUUGAUUGUCAUCCGCUUUGUGUGUUGUCAUGGUUACUUGAAAUGCAUAGUUUACUUUAUAAAACCCGUUAUAUGAUAUUUUGAUUAUGGAAUGGGGACUUGAUUUUUCUCCUGGGCGGAAGGUACAAGUGGCCCCACCACGGAGAGGCAGAAGAGCUGGCAUUUCAGAUAACACAAGCCCUACUGCAUUUCCCCUUACUCCAGAACGAGAUGAUAUUGGUUCAACAUAUGACAUCAUGGACAGUCCGGUAUCAAACUCUGCACAUUCAUCAGGGUUUCUGAAUAGUCCCCCAAAGGGAUUGGACUCUGGUGCACCUGUCGCUCCCCCUAGAUCACGGAAAACUGGAGGCUGGGCUGACGAAGCCAUUAAGUCAGGAAAAAGACGAAGUGCCGUAAACUUAAUUGAACAGGAGAGAUUCAGGGAACCAGACCAAACUAAAGGUGACUCUGAUGAUGAUAUCCCGAUUAUUCCAGAUUUAGAUGACACGCAAGAUGAAGACAUGGCAUCUCAAAUAGCUCAUGCUCCUUCUUCUGUUGUGAACCGAGUUGAUACAUACAAGGAGUUGAACUCGGAUCUCUUCAAACACGCGACAUUUGCGACUCUGGACGAUGUCAGUUUACGCCUCCUUACUAACUGCCUAAAUCUUGAAUCAGAAAUUGAGGAGGAUGACACAACAUGGACAUGGGAUCUCCUGUUUACAAGUGUGGCGUCUGAUCUGCAUUACGAGUUGGAAAAUCAAACACAAAGUAAUUUGGAUAAAGAUGUGGCAUCAUCACCAUGAAAAAUCUCUGUACUGAAACUUGUCUUAAUAAAAUUUUUUGAUGUAACUUAAA